AUGACUAGUAAUGCGGUAGCUGAUGAGACUAUGGAUUCGCUGUUGAAGGAGAUUGAUGAUGAGAUGGAGAACACUAUCAGUACGGAGAACAAAUCUUCUACUGACAGAAGUGGGGAAAGUCAAAAGACCAGGAGUUGGAGUAUUCCAUUACAAGAUAUUGGAGAUGAGACUAUGGAUAUGAUUGUUUCUCACAACACGAUAAGUAAUAUCAUGGUGAGAAAUGAAGAUCAAGGAGAUGAGCAUGGAGAAGCUGGAACUGUGGAGCCUUUAGCUCCCAGCAGGAAGUCUGUUGUUUUCAGCGAAGGUGUGAAUUUCCACGAAUAUCAGGAUGUUAGUGACCAGGGAGAAGACGAACAAGAUUCUAACGAACUGACAACAAGUUGGAAAAAAUCUUCAUUUGUGGCAGCUAAACCAGUGGAAGUGAAUCAAUCACUUAUCGUGGAGGCUCACACAGACUCUGAAGAUGAAAAGGAUCACGAACAACCAGUGAUUACAACUCAUGACCUUUUACAACACACUGUUACCGAUUUGGACGAGAAGCUAUCGCAUAUGCUUGACAAGAAACGGAAUGUUCAAAGACUGAAAUUGAUGACUGAAGAACUGGAGGAAAAAGAACUCGAAUCAGAGGAAAAGGAAAAGGCCAGUCCAAUCAAGUUUACUCUACAACCGACGAAGCCAUUAAUCCCAAGUAUAGGUAACUCCAUCGAGGAGACUAGUUUAAUUCACUUUCAGUCCAUGGAAAAUUUAGCUGGGGCUGAUGACGAGAUAGAGGACGAUGAUUCAUGUUCGGAGUAUAUGAAUGAGGUUCAACACUCCCCUUCCAAGAUACCGUUGGUCAACACAGUGAACAUCAAUAAAUUCAGCAUAACAAACCAAGGUAGAGAACCACAGACGCGAAUCUCUUCCGGCUCAUCCUGUUGCGACAGUAUAUCUGAUUUGAAAACUACUAUUCAGCAUGACAGUUAUAGGUUACUGGAUGACAAGGUGAGUGGUAAUGGAGAUGAUUCUGAUUGCAAGUUUUACGACGAUGGCAAACCACUUGAGAAUGAAGUGAUGGUGACUAGUCAUCCCAAUACUUCGAGGAUCUUUAGUGUGGCAACGUCGGCUGAAGGCUACAAAUCUGCUAAGGAAACCGUCCGUAGCCCUGAUUCGGUUUACUCCAAUCAAGAAAUGGAGUCGCCUCCUACCGUAAAGCUACUUGAAGCUCCAGUUAACGACUUGCAUAUCAAAGCUGAAUUAAUGGGAGACGAAGACACAACCCAGGACGAAGAGCAGGGUUCGCAUAAAGAUGACGACAUAAUUUCAGAUAGCGGGAGCGUGAUAGAAAGGUCUAUGCACAAAGGUCAGUAUCCACCUGAAAUUCCUCAGUUGCCAGUUCUCACUUCUUCACACUCCGCUUCGAAAGAGAAAUCUCUUGAAGCUGACAGCGAAGAAGACAAUCAGUCUGAGAUUGGCUUCACCGAUUUGCAUGAUGUAGCAUCAUCUGUCAAGGACGUUGAUCAAGAGAAGCCGGAAAAAGUUGAAAUUUCAAGCGUCGAUAAAUCAGAGAAGUCCAUCGAAAUACCAAGAUCUCAUGAUUCCGCACAAACUGUGACCAGUAAAUCACUGCAAACAAAUGUUGAAGGGUUGAAUCCUCUAAGCAGUCAAGACGACUUCGUCACAACUACAAGCCGGUCUAGCUCAAUCGCGGAGCAUGCGAAUGAGACCGCUGGCGCCAACAUCUCCUCCGGUGGUAAGGAAAGCAAAAAUGAGAGGAAAUUCUCAAUCUUGCCCCCGUUUGCCCCAGUGGGAUCUAUAUUUCUUGAUGAUCCAUUUGUCGAUGAUUUUGAAACAUCUGGAGAGUCCAUCGAUCUAACAAAAUCAGUGAAGCCAUCAAACUAUCUCUCGAUCUGGCACAUGCAAGAGGAAGACAUAAGAGCCACUUCACCAGCAAUUAGUUCAAAUUCUCAAUUUUCGCGUUGCACUGAUUCUACCAAUACAUCAGCUAGUGUGAACAGUAAUUUAGAGCACAAUUUCAAAUUCAAGCCAAGAGUCAUAAGCCGAAGCAAAUACUAUUAUCCUGAGUCCAGACAAGCAUCUUGUGAUGUUGAAGAUAGUUAUGUCAUCUCGAAUUUUGAGACCGCUUUAGAUCCCCUCAGAAGGAACACAAUCAUAUCAAGAAGAAUUCAGGAGAACAUCAAGAGUCGAAGAAAACUCUAUCCAUCUAUGAAAGAAAUUGAUGAGAAUGAUGCGGAGAGCCUCGAUGACAAGGAAAUCGUUACCGGCCCAGCGGAAGAACAUACUGUUGUUGAUGAUGUCGCAGAAGAAAGAAAUCAAGAAAUCGAAAAGCAGCCAGACCACGACUUCUCAGCUUUUCAGCUGGAUUUACUACCGUGCUUGCCUGAUGCGAAAUUGAAAGAUGAAUUUAUGAGCUAUCUAGAAGCAGUGAGCCAUGACAAUCGCUCAAUUUUGAACCAUUCAGAAAUCGAAACUGGCAAGUAUAAUGUUUGGGAUCACCAAUCCGAGUUUGAAGUUCCAACGGGCGACGUAAAGAAGACCAUAUCGAUGGAUGUGAUUAAUAAGUUGCUUGAGGAAGAAAAUCAUACACCAGAACCAGUAGCAGAAGAGUCGGUGUCCCUACAGCCUCCUGUCAACCUUGCGAUACUCAAAACACCAGUGAAGGAAGUUUCAGUCGGCAGAGGUUUGAGCCUGAAAGGAUACGACGCGUUAGUGAGUACCGACGUGGGGUCAGAGCGCCAUUCUGCUCUAUUCGUCAGCCCAAGUCGCGGUGAGGAUGGACAGAGUCCAGUCAAGAAGACCCACGUCGACAGCCCAUUUAAGGUUAAGCAUAAAAAGCCAGCGCAACAUGACAGUGAAAAACCUGAUACCGAUUUCAAAGGUUUAGCCAUUCAAUCAUUCGAGCCUGAAGAAAAGCAGAAAGUGGUGCUUCCAGAAAGUGUGCAUGCUAUUGAGUCUGAUGAACAAAAAUCUUUGUCGAAUGAAGAACAAGUUGAUCAGUCACUACCUGACAGGGGCAACCUAUACCUGAGAUUAAACAAUGUGGCUAAUAUAUUAAUACAUGGCAUUACACAUCAUAAGGCCCAAUUCGCAAUCGAGUUUGAUAAUGGUAAGGAUGUGGUGCAAACCGCUUGGGAUACUCUGGCAAAUGAUAAGAAAUGGGAAAUCAAUCAGGAAUUCGAAGUUAUUCUUGAUAAUGAUUUAGACAAAAUCCCAAAGCUGAUCAUCACUUUGAAAUGUCGCUACGAGUCGCCAAAGAACGAGCUUAAAGAGAUAGUUGAGAGAGUGCCUGUAGGCAGGAAAUUUCCCUUCGGUAAAAGUAAAUACCAAUAUCAAAAGCGUUUCGUUCAAACAGCGCCAAAAAAGGAUGAGUGGGACUACUUGUUUGCCAGGGACGGAUCAUUUGGUCGAUGCGAAAUUCCAAUUAAUAAAGACUUUUUAAAGGAAAUUAAGUUCCAAAGCAAACCUUUAUCAUUUACUUUGAUAAACGAAUGGGCACGCAAAUCGGACUCCAACUCCACAAAGAAGAUUCAUGAACUACCAAGAAGGCCUCCUUAUGCCAUUGGUACGUUGAACAUCGAAGCGUGCCAUUUGGAAAGAACAUCGCCCUUUGAGAAAUUGCCCAAGACACUGGCGAUCGCUCAUAACAUCAUCUCAAAGUAUAGAGCCCAGCAAGCAAUUACUAAAGAAGGGUUUCUGCUUCAAGAAGGCGGUGAUGUGGAGGGCAGUAUACAAAGGCGUUUCUUCAAGUUGCAGGGCAACAAUAUGCUUGGAUACCAUGAGAUGUCACGUCAAGCCAAAGUUGACAUAAACCUUUUGAAGGUUGUCAAUGUUUUUGGACCUGGCGAUGUUCCAAAGGAGGGAGAAAGGAAUCUGACUGACCUGGUGUUGUUUAGUGGUUGCUUCCAUUUGGUUUUCGAUAAUGGAGAAAGGAUUGCAUUUAGCACUGAAUCUGCGGAAGAAGAAGCAGAAUGGUUCAAUAAAAUAAAAGACGUAGUUGAUCUCAACAGGUGUCAUCAGCCGUGGGUCAAAUACUUCAACCAAAAUUACUUGAUCUAA